UUGGAGAAGACGAAAAUAAGCGUGGAAGUUGUUCCACAGACAACAUAACAAGAUCAAAAACGCCUUCAUAAUGUGUCUCGAAGAAACAUUCGAUAAAGCUGCAAGUUAUUUGCAAACAUUAGCCUCUGAAUUAGGUUCCGAAGAACUACUCAGAUUCUAUGCUUUGUAUAAACAGGCAACGGUCGGAUCCUGCAAUGUACCAAAGCCUAAUUGGUAUCAAAUGCAGGCCAGACAAAAAUGGGAAGCGUGGAAAAAUCUUAAUGAUAUGAGCUGCAAAACUGCUAUGAUUAAUUAUGUAGAAGAGUUAACGAAGAUAUGUCCUACUUGGGAAGAAGAUGUGAAAUCUGAACCACAGAAAUGGGUUGCAGUUAGUCGCCUGAUAAAUGAAGAAGAGCAAAUAAGCGACACAGAAAAAACAUUUUUGGAUUGGAUAAAAGAAGGCCAUCAGCAUAAAGUUCAAGAACUAUUGGACAAGGAAUCGAAACUUGUGAGUGUUAUGGACACGGAAGGUUUGUUACCGAUACAUUGGGCUGCAGAUCGUGGACAUGUGGGGAUCAUAGAACUUCUAAUCAAACAUGGAGCAAAUGUGAAUUCACAGGACACAGAUGGACAAACCCCUCUGCAUUAUGCAGCAUUCUGUGGACAUCUUGAUGUUGUUAAAUAUUUACUUUCCAUUGGCGCAGAGUCCAUAGAAGAUAAAGACGGUAUGAAACCCAAAGAUGUCGCUGAUGUUAAUACAUUGUCAUAUUUACUAAGCAUGAAAUAGUACUAGCUAACUAUAUUAAUAAAAAUCAUGGUAUUCUGUACCAAACAUCAUUGUCUUCAUAAAUUCUUUAUUUAUGUACAAAUAGAUUCUGUAACAGUUUUCAUUACAUUCACAGCCUAAGCACUCCUUAGGUAAAUGCACAACUUGUCACAAGUGGUAAUUUAAAAAAUUUUCUUUACAUAUCAUUGCGUUGUUUAUCAUGAAACAUAAAUACUAUCUGUUAAACAUAAUCGAAUUGUUGCUGUUUCGUUUACAAAUAAACUGACAUACGCAGAAUAUACAAAAUUCGUAACCUUCCUCGUAACAGCAAAAAACUUUCACGGAUGUAUUUAGAACAUUUGUAAAAAUAAAACCUAAAGAGAAUAAACAAGUAUUUUUUGGAUUAUUUAAUUGAU